CACUGAUUCGACAACACAGGCAAAGAAGGAGCUCCUUUUCCCGAGGCGACGCGUUCAUCUCAACAAGUCAAACUUCGACCAACUCGCCGGACCAUCGCCAUUACCAUGCAAUACGGAAAUUAGAAGCUGCAAAUAAAACAAUAAGCACCAACCCAGAAACAAUGGGCGUCUUUUCCUACCUGCGCAAGGUCUACGAUGUGGACACGCUGGACACGCGCUUCACUGCCCCUUCCAACGUGGCCUACAAGACGGUUCUCGAACAGCGCAGCGAUCCCGUUGCCCGCAGAGAAACAGAACAAAAGAACCUGGGUCGGUCGCUGCCGUCGAAAUGGAACACUCCCGAAUUCUAUCUGUACUAUGUCGUCUUUCUCUUUGCUGUCCCUUCCAUGUUCUGGAUCUGCUAUGACGUCUCCAGGCCAUCCGAUCCGAGAUACUACAAAUUCCAAGACUACCUCUCCGAUGGAUGGGUCCCGGGCCGCAAGAUUGACAACUCCGAUGCGCAAUAUCACUCGUUCCGCGGCAACCUCCCCGCCAUGGCCGCCUUGCUCGUUUUCCACCCUAUCCUCCGCCGAGUAUGGGAUGCCGUAAACAACCGAUCUGAUGCGAGAAAGUCGGCAGCAGCGAACCGAAUGGAACAGCGCGCGUCAUUUGACUUUCUCUUUGGCAUCUUGUUCGUUGUUAUCCUCUAUGGCGUUUCCAUCUUCAAAAUUCUUGCCAUUCUUUAUGUGAACUACCAGGUUGCUACAAAGUUGCCUCGACACCAAGUGCCUGCUGCUACUUGGAUCUUCAACAUUUGUGUUUUGUUCGCCAACGAGCUCGGCCAAGGUUACCCUCUCAAAGGCAUCGCACAGUUCUUCUCCCCCGCCUCUGCCUCUGGUGAGCCCUCGGAGCUCAUGCAGCUGGGCAGCUGGAUUGAUAGCUUUGGAGGCAUCAUGGUUCGAUGGGAGGUCCUUUUCAAUUUGACAGUCCUGCGCCUGAUUAGCUUCAACCUGGACUACUAUUGGGCGGUUGACAAGAAGAAUGUCAACUCGGUUGAGAAGAAGCAACUGGACCCCGCAAACUUGUCCGAGAGAGACCGCAUCUCUAUCCCCGCCGACGUGCAAGACUACAGCUUCCGCAACUACGUGGGCUAUGCGAUCUACGCGCCCCUCUUCAUUGCCGGCCCUAUCAUGACGUUUAACGACUACAUUUCCCAAAUCAAGUACAGAUCGGCCACGAUUGAGACUUCACGAACCAUCAAAUACGCUGUGAGAUUUGCACUCGUCUUGCUUGCCAUGGAGCUCGUGCUGCACUUCGACUACGUUGGCGCUAUUAGCAAGGCCAAUCCUGUCUGGGGAGACUACACAGCUGCACAGCUCAGCAUGCUGUCCUUUAUGAAUCUGCAUAUUAUCUGGCUGAAGCUGCUGCUCCCGUGGCGCUUCUUCCGACUCUGGGCGCUCGUCGACGGCAUCGACCCGCCUGAGAAUAUGACUCGCUGUGUUAGCAACAACUACAGCACGCAACACUUCUGGCGCGCCUGGCACAGAUCGUUCAACCGCUGGAUCAUUCGCUACGUCUACAUCCCAUUGGGCGGCACUUCUUUCAAAACGUGGCGAGACUCUGUUCGAUCAAUUGCCACCUUUUUAACUGUCUUCACUUUUGUCGCGCUGUGGCAUGAUAUCCAGCUUCGACUCUUGAUUUGGGGCUGGUUGAUUGUGCUCUUCCUGCUGCCGGAGCAGAUUGCCACCAUCAUGUUCCCCAAGAGAAAGUGGGAGAGCCGACCUACAGCCUACCGAAUGAUAUGCUGCAUUGGUGCCGUAUUCAAUGUCAUCAUGAUGAUCUCUGCCAACUUGGUUGGCUUUGCCGUUGGCCUUGACGGCUUGGAGAGUAUCUUGAGGCGCAUUGUAUCGGACUGGUCUGGAUUCAUGUUCAUCGUAACAGCUUGCUCUUGCUUGUUUGUAGGCAUUCAAGUCAUGUUUGAGAUUCGCGAAUCUGAGAAGCGCAAGGGCGUGAUGUUGAAGUGUUAAACGGUUGACCAUGCGUUGGCCCAGGAAUAUGCCAGAAUAUGAAAUGUACAAUAGAAACAGUAUUAAUAAUAAUAUUUUUUAACCAAUUGAACAAAAU